CGCGGAACAGCCUGUGGUGGCGGUGCGAGGGGAGCUCCGAGCACUGCAGCGUGGGGAACCGCGCUGGGUACGCUUGGUUUGGUUUCAGUUUCAAUGCACCGAGAGCGAUUAACCACUUUGGGAUUGAGCGAGCCGUUCGUCACCGGCUCUCAAAGCAGAACACUUCCAGUCCCGACAGUGACUUCCAGGAAACCUGAAGUUUUGCCUUCUGAUUCUGAACCAGCCUUUCAACAAAGGUCAUUUUCAUUGUCUGUGGAGCAGAGCUGCACUGAGAGCUUGUGCUGAUGGAGGUGCCAAUCGUCUCUAUCACAUCACAGAAGGAAGCCAGGACAGCUUCUUGCCUGACUACAUCAGUGGUGAUUUUGAUUCCAUUCAGCCUGAAGUCAAGGAGUACUACAAGGUCAAGGGAUGUGAAUUAAUUGAGAUGAUGGAUCAGGACCUCACAGAUUUCACCAAGUGCCUUCAGAUACUCCAGAAAAAGAUAGAGAAGAAGGGUCUCCAGAUCGAUGUGAUUGUGACUUUGGGUGGACUCGGAGGACGCUUUGACCAAAUAAUGGCAUCAGUGGAAACGCUUUUUCAUGCAACAAAAAUCACGCCUUUGCCAGUGGUAGUUAUCCAGGAGUGCUCACUAAUUUACCUGCUUCAACCUGGCAAGCACAAGCUGCAUGUGGACACGGGACUGGAAGGUGACUGGUGUGGCCUCAUCCCCAUUGGGAACCCCUGCGAGAGUGUGACCACUACAGGCCUCAAGUGGAACCUCACUAACCAGAUGCUGCAGUUUGGAACACUCGUCAGUACUUCCAACACUUAUGACGACUCCGGGAUUGUAACCAUUGAGACGGACAAGCCUUUGCUGUGGACAAUGUCUAUCAAAAUAUAGGAUCAGCUACCUUUUCUGAUCUGAUUCAAUUCAAAUUACUACAGAAUUUCACUGAAUUAAGACAGUAAAGCUGUGCCAGAAGAUAUAAGCAGGCACUGAUUUUUAUGUACUAAAUGAAAAAGAGAUCUGAAAUAAAAGUCAUUUGAGAUCAAAUCAA